CCGCGCGCGAAAAUUAAAUACAUCCAAGGAGAAGAUACCGUAGAGAAUCUUUGAAAGAGAGAGAGCAAGUUGAAUGGCCCUUGACUUGAAAUUCGGGAGUGAAAACCGAUGAAUUCACUUCUUCAGCUGUCAUCGGAAUGAUCAUUGAUCGGAUUCUAUCUAGGAAGAAAUCGUCGGAGUCAAGUUGAUCGAUCAUGUUUGCCAAGCGAUUGUUGCAGAAGGCCAUUCUCCAUUCUCAGCAUGCUGUACUGCGCGGUAGUUUAACUCCGGAGGACUUGGAUCUCAGAGUCACGGUUCACUCUGGCAUUCCAUCAACCGCAUCAAUUCUUGCUUUCGACUCCAUCCAACGGCUACUGGCCAUUGGAACACUGGAUGGAAGAAUAAAAGUGAUCGGUGGAGGUGGUAUUGAAGGGCUUCUUAUGUCCCCAAACCAAUUGCCUUACAAGUACUUGGAGUUUCUACAGAAUGAGGGUUAUUUAAUUAGCAUCUCCAAUGGCAACGAAAUUCAGGUCUGGAAUCUUGACAGCAGGUCUAUAGCAUGCUGUUUACAGUGGGAAUCAAAUAUAACUGCAUUUUCCAUCGUCAGUGGCUCCCACUUCAUGUAUGUCGGGGAUGAGAAUGGUCUUCUGUCAGUUAUCAAGUUUGAUGCUGAAGAUGGAAAACUUCUGCAGUUGCCAUACCUUGUUUCUGCAACUUCUAUCAGUGAUGUUGCGGGAUUUCCAUUUCCUGAUGUCCAAACCUCACCUGUCAUUGGAGUUCUUCAACAUUCUUCUAUUGGGAACAGUGUUUUGAUAGCAUAUGCUAGUGGCUUGUUUUUACUUUGGGAUGUCUCAAGAGGUCAAGUUCUUUUUGUUGGAGGCGGCAAGGACCUGCAGAUGAAUGACAGACUUGAUGAAUCAUCGAGCGAAGUGGAUGAUAACCUUCCAAUUGAUGCUUUGGAAAAUAGUUUAGCAGAGAAAGAGAUAAGUGCUCUCUGUUGGGCAUCCUCCAAUGGAUUAAUUCUUGCUGUGGGAUAUAUAGAUGGAGAUAUCUUGUUCUGGAAAACAUUAAUUACCGCUUCUGGUAGUGGUCAACAAGGUUCGCCAUCAUCUAAAAAUGUUGUUAGAUUACAAUUAUCAUCUUCAGAGAAAAGACUUCCUGUUAUUGUCUUGCAUUGGUCUGGAAACGGUAGAGCACCUAAUGAUUGUGAAGGGCGGUUAUUCAUCUAUGGUGGCGAUGAGAUAGGAUCUGAAGAAGUUUUAACGGUUUUAACCAUUGAGUGGUCACCUGGAAUGGAGGUACUGAGAUGUGCGGGUCGUACAGAGAUCAAACUCCAUGGCUCUUUUGCAGAUAUGAUCUUGUUGCCAAGUUCUGGUGCUGCUGGGAAUGGUCCCAAAGAAGAACUUUUUGUGCUUACAAACCCUGGGAAACUGCACUUUUAUGACGCAAGUAUGCUGUCUUCAAUAAUAGAUAAAACAGACAGCAAACCACUCAUCUCUCCAUUGGAGUUUCCUGCAAUGAUACCUACAUCCGAACCAUCCAUGACCACGUCAAAGCUUAUUAAGUUGCCCAAUUGGGGAUCCUCGACAAAGAUUUUAUCUGAGCUAGCAUUGAUGAAGCUUAGUUCAACAGCAAUUCAAGCUCGUAGUGCAAAGUGGCCAUUGACUGGAGGAGUGCCCUAUCAGUUACCGACAAUGAAAGAUGAUAAGGUUGAGAGGGUAUACCUAGCAGGUUAUCAAGAUGGUUCUGUACGCGUUUGGGAUGCAACUCAUCCUUUAUUUUCUUUUAUAUGCCAUUUAGAUGCUGAGUUGGAAGGUAUAAAGGUUGCUGGUUCAAGUGCUCCUAUAUUAAAAUUGGACUUCUGCUGUGCUACUACUUCUUUAGCUGUUGGCAAUGAAUGUGGUCUGGUGCGGAUUUAUGACCUUAAAGGCAGUGCUGAUGACAAAAAUUUAUACUUUGUUACCGAAUCCAGACGUGAAGUUCAUAGUCUGCCUCAAGGCAAAGGACCUCAUUGUAGAGCUGUCUUUUCUCUCCUAAAUUCCCCAAUUCAAGCAUUGCAGUUUUCUAAGGGUGGAGUUAAACUUGGUGUGGGGUAUGGAAAUGGUCGUAUUGCAGUGCUCGACAUUUCUUCAUCAUCGGUUUUAUUCUUUACGGAGGGCAUAUCUAACUCAAGCUCCCCCAUUAUCACAAUGAUUUGGAAAGGAAAUUUUGCUGUAACUCAUGGCCCUAUAAGGAGCCCCAAGCACUCAGGGGCUAAAUCUGCAGAUGAUUGUGCUGAAGAACCGUUGUUUAUAUUAACCAAAGAUGCAAAGAUCAAUGUUUUUGAUGGUACUGCCGGAAACAUGAUCAGCCUUCGGCCGUGGCACUUGAAAAAGGAAUCUGUUGCGAUUUCAAUGUAUGUUAUAGAGAGUGGUAUUUCUGUCUCUGGAUCUCCUGAUGAAAAGGAUAAUGAGGAGUCAUCCCAAAAUCCUACUACCAAAAGUGAAUGUAAUCUAGGCAGUGGUUCUGCUGGAUCAAAUUUGCACGAAUCCCAACAUGAUUCUUCUGCAGAAGAAACACGCCAUGCCGAAAAGUUUCUUGAUUCAUAUGUUCUACUUUGUUGUGAGGAUUCAUUGCGCUUAUACUCGGUCAAAUCCAUAAUUCAGGGAAAUAAUAAACCUACUCGUAAAGUGAAGCAGUCAAAAUGUUGUUGGACUACUACUUUUAAAAUCAAAGAAAGAGAUGUCGGAUUAGUAUUGUUGUUUCAGUCUGGUGUUAUUGAAAUAAGAUCGUUGCCAGAUUUAGAGUUGCUGAAAGCAAGCUCCCUCCAAUCGAUUCUAAUGUGGAACUUUAAGGCAAACAUGGACAAGAUUUCAAGUUCUUCUGAACAAGGGCAGAUAGUGCUGGCCAACGGGGGCGAGGUAGCUUUUCUCUCUCUGUUAUCCAAGGAAAAUGAGUUCAGUAUUCCUGACUCCUUGCCUAGUCUCUAUGAUGAAGUUGUUGCUGCUGCUGCCGAUGCUGCUUUUAGUGUUUCAUCUUAUCAGAAGAACAAUCAGCUUCCGUCAACGGGGAUAUUAAGUAGCAUUGUCAAAGGCUUUAAAGGCGGGAAAAAGACCCCUACCGUAAAUUUUUGCACUUCCCGUGAAUCUUAUUGUGCUCAUUUGGAGGAAAUAUUUCUGAAGCCUCCGUUCCCAGAUUCAUCAUCCUCAGCUCUUAAGAAUACCGAGGAAGUUGAGGAACUCACAAUAGAUGAUAUUGAAAUAGAUGAUAUUGAAAUAGACGACAAACCACCACCACCAGCAUCUACUUCAUCCAAGGAUGUUAAAGAGGAGAGGAGAACAGAUAGGCAAAGAUUGUUUGGAGAUGGGGAUGAUGAUUGGAAGCCUAAAACUAGAACAACUGAAGAAAUUUUAGCCACAUACAAAUUUUCCGGGGAUGCUUCGUUGGCUGCUGCACAUGCGAGAAACAAACUCUUAGAGAGGCAAGAAAAAUUAGAGAAACUGAGUAAGCGCACAGAAGAUUUGCGAAAUGGCGCAGAAGACUUUGCGUCAUUAGCAAAUGAACUUGUGAAGACGAUGGAAAAGCGGAAAUGGUGGCAUAUAUGAAUGAUUAAACCUAUAUCUGAAAUAGGUGUUUCAUACUUAAUAGGUAUAUAUUUCUUCACAACCGUUCUUUCCCCUUCAUGCCCUUCAGCUUGCCAAUUAGUCACCAAAGGACGAGAUGGCAGAGAGAACGUCUAUUGUGAACUUGGAAUCGACACGCACACUCACACUCACUCGCGCUCAUUGGUUGAAGUGGCCUGAGAGUUGAGUUGCUUAGGAAUUGCAAGUUUUCAGCCAUCCGAAUAUGAUUUCCAACUGGUGAUUGUCAGAAUUGUAACUUUUUCCAUCUUCGUGUGAGUAAUUCUUCUUAUCGUGUGAAUAUUCGAGAGGAGCCCAUUUGGCAGGUUGAGUUCGCAGAGCUCCGGUGAAGGUUAAGAAUGUUCUGGAUGGAUGCGAGAGGCCCUCCUCGAUAAUCAGAAGAGAGUACGGUAAUAUCCCCUUCCAUUUUUAUACGUGUUUAUUUGUAUCUCGUAACUGUAUAUUUCGGAUUAUCCCCGAGGAAGUAAGCUAAUAAUUUGUUUAUAUUUCGGAUAUAAAAACACUAAUUAAACAUUUUGACUUUA